CAAGCUCCUCGAAACUGAUAAAGACUCAGGGUGAGCUUGAAUGCAAGCAAGAACAGUUAAGAGAGAUGGAAGCUGAUUUUCAGAGGCAUCAAGUUAAGGUCAGUGCAGAAAAGGAGCUUUGGGAAAGGACUCAAACUCACAGUAGAGAACUGGAAGAGGAGAUAGUGAGAAAGAGGAAGGAUCUUACAAUGGUUCUUGAUCAAACUGAGGAAUGUGGGAGGCAGCUAGAAUCGGUGGAAGAGCAAUUAGAUUCCCAGCGGAAGCUGCUUGAGACACAGUCAUCUGAGCUUGUCUCUAGAGAGAAAGAGUUGCAAGCACUUAGUCUGGACAUUGACUUGAGGGAACAGGCAGUCAUAUCCCUAAAUAAUGACAUGGAAUCAAAAGCCAAGGAGUUGGAGAACGUUCAAACGUUAAUUGAGGAAAGGAGUGCACAUUGUAAGUCAUUCAAGUUGUUGAUUGAGGAACACAGUGAAGAACUUGUUUCUAAGGAGAAGCGGCAUGAUGAGAUAACGGAUGCUAUCCGUAAGCUAUCCUUUGAGAUUGUCUUUCAAGAGAAGACAUUGGGAAGAGCUCAAGCUUUUAUUAAAAAGCUUUCUGAGAAACAAGAUUCAGCAGAGAACAAAGUGGACUGGACAGAGAAAAAACUGAAUUCGACUAGAAGACAUCUAGAAAGAUGCAUUGCUAAGCAUAAGUCAAAGAAGAAAGAGCUUCGCUCUGUGAAGGAUAGAUACAGAGAUUGCCUCGAAGAUCUGGAUAUCAAAGAGAAGGAGUUGAAGUCUGUAGAAUCAAUACUCACUGAGAGAGAUAAACAAGUUGAGGAAGGAGAGAAGAUGAUGCAACAUUUGAGUAGCUCCAUUGAGGAACUUAUGGGACAGCUCAAGUUGAAACAAGAAGAGGUUUGUUCAAUCAACCAGACGAUCACGGAAUGCUCAGGUGAGUUGAAGGCUAAGAUGAAACAACGUGAUCAGGUUCAGAGCUCACUUACUGAUCUUACUGCUGAGCUCAGUUCUGUCAAGAAAAAGAUUCAAGACAGCUUGAAAGACUUGCAAUCUAAAGAGGUUGAGUUGAAAGAUAAAACCUUUGCAUUUGAGGAAAGAGCUAAAAAGGUUGAAGAAGCUGAAGCUCGGCUUGUUGAUUUAGAGAGGAAGUCUGAUGGGUUUCAGAUGAAAGUUGAAGCAAAGAGGAAAGAACUAAACUUUAUCAAGAACCAGGUUGAGGUUUCUCUAGCCGAGUCCAAUGCAGAGGAAGUGAGUCUAUCUGAGCUUAGGAGAAUGGUGGAAGAGUGUGCGGCUGAGAAAAUAUUCAAGGAAAGUGAGCUUAGUGAGAUAAUGAAAUCGUGGAGACAGACUCAGCUUGAGCUUGAGAGGUAUCAUGCUCAGGUCAGGGCCGAGAUGGAGAGUCUGAGGAAGUUGGAUGAGGAAGCUGAGAGGAAGUUAAAAGAUCUCACGUUGGUUGAAGACAAGAUUGCGGAAUGCGAGAAGAUGUUUGAGACACGGUCGUCUGAGGUUGUCUCCAAAGAGAAAGAGUUGGAAGUGCUUAGUCAGAAAAUUGACUUGAGGGAACAGACAGUCAUGUCCUUGAAUAGUGACAUGAAGGAGGCUUGCCAACGGAUGGAGAACAUUCAAAAGCUAAUCGAGGAAAGGAGUGCACAAUGUGAGUCACUCGAGUUGUUGAUUGAGAAACACAAUGAACAACUUGCUUCAGCUGAGAUUGCGCCUGCUCUAACACCUGUCAACAAUGUGCUAUCGUUGGAUGUGAAGCCUGAAGAACCAAUCAACAAUAGUGUGGCUUCUCAUUUACCUAAUGAAGAUGCUCUUCUUAGGGACAUUGAGGACUCAACAUCUCUAUCGCUGAACGAAGUCUCUACUGAACUUCCAAUGUUUAAAGAUCCAGGCAGGUUUAUUCUAACUUCUGUCGAGAAAGCACUCACGGAUGCUAGCGAGAGAGGGGAGUUGAGUUUAAAAGAGCCUAUACUAAUGGCUUUGGUUCCCCUUCUGGAGGAGCUGACACGUGUUGGUAUCUCUACUGAUCCUGGUCUACAGUCUGAUGCAACCAAAGUGGCACGUGAAUGGGUUAGGAUGAUGGAAGCUAGUGUUGAAAAGUCGCAGCUUGAGGCUUGGGGUUUUCUGCAGUUCAUCCUGGCGUUUGGAUUGGUGAAAGGGAUUAAACAAGAUGAGACUUUACAACUUGCCUCGCAUGUUGCUCAUUUCAGACAGGCUCCAAAGCUCUUUGAGUCCCUUGGUCUCACUCAUGUCAUCCCAAGCUUUGUCACAGAGCUCCUAAACAAAGCCAUGUGUAUUCCUGCAGCCCGGUUUAUGUUUUACUUCAAGGUGGAGAACAAAUUUUCUCCCCUGGAGUUGUUGAAGGAACAGAUCAACAAUCUCAGACUCUCACAGGCUGAAGCUAACAGAGAUGCUGCUACACUGAGGGAUAUAAUGGAACUCAUUGAAGACUUCAAAUUUGAAAUUGACAUACCUGUGGAUCUUAUCUUCAAAUUCAUGGUACCUCGGGAUUUUCAAAUUCUGAACCAACGUGUUCAAUCAGCGCAUAUGCAGGCUUCAAACACAGUUUUUCAAAACUCAUGCAUUGCCACUGAUGUCUCAAACCCAAGCCUACCAACAAGCUUUAGUUCUGCGCCAAAUCAACCGGUAGAAACGUAUGAAGCUGGUGGUUCAACUGAGUUCCAAGGUCAAUCUUCACAUCAAGCUGGUUUUAAACGUCCAAGGGGGGUGGAGGAUCCUGAGGGUUCUAGCCCGGUGAUUAGACCCUGCAUCAAUCGACCACCAGGUUUUGGCAGAUUCUAGUGCUCUCUGUCCCAAGUUUAUGGCUAUAACUAGCUAAGUAGUAGGAAGUAACUAACUAGAAAGAUCUUUUGUUUCUUUGGGCUUGAUAAGUCUCAGCUAUUGUGGUUUAGUAAGCUCCAUGGUUUCUCACUUAAUGGAUUUUGUUAUGGAAUUUUGG